AUUUGAAAGCCCGGGCUAUAUAACACGUACACAAUCAGAGGUUCUCUCUCGUUUUAGCGUUUUCAGUCUCGUCCUCGUAGCACUGUAGCAGGAGCAGAGCCGCCGUUCCCAAGCAGCAUCAAUGGCGAGGAUUAAGGUUCACGAGCUGAGACAGAAAUCGAAGGCGGAUCUCUUGAACCAGCUCAAGGAUCUCAAGGCUGAGCUUGCUCUCCUCCGUGUCGCUAAGGUCACCGGUGGCGCACCUAACAAGCUCUCUAAAAUCAAGGUGGUGAGAUUGUCGAUUGCCCAGGUGUUGACUGUGAUUUCCCAGACCCAAAAGGCUGCACUGAGAGAGGCUUACAAGAAUAAGAAGUUCAUGCUCCUUGAUUUGCGUCCGAAGAAGACCAGAGCCAUUCGGAGAAGGCUAACAAAGCAUCAGGCAUCCUUAAAGACAGAAAGGGAGAAGAAGAAAGAGAUGUAUUUUCCCAUGAGGAAGUAUGCUAUUAAGGUGUAAUGCAGCUUUUUAUUACAAAGGAUAAUUUGGUAUCUUGCAGUUAUAAAACUUUUGGCUAUGAAAUUUUGAUGUUAUUUACUCUUAUUGUCUUGUUCCCGAACAAUAUUGUCUUUGUUUUCACACUGAAUUUGGAUGGUUUGUGCUGGACUAGUUUUGUGAUAGAAUUGUGGACAAGACUUGGCUAUUUAUUUACAUGUUUGAUUAGACUUGUCCUGGUGCUA